UGAUAAUUUCGAUUCAAUCACUCGACCAUGGGAUCCAUGAGGCAGACGUGAAAACAUGCCUGGCCUCGACUUGACACAGAUCUCGAGUAACUGGAAGAAGCUGCAAGAGAAGCUGCAAACAACAAAAGCGCCCGAAGCGUCGCAACAGAAGAAUGGCGUGAAGCGCAAGAGGCAGGAUGUAGCAGACGGCAAGACUACGAUUGCGCCGAGGAAGACCGCCAGACUAUCAGACACACGAAGCCACAACCCCCCUCGCACCCGCAAAAUGGGGCUCUACGGCUCCAAAGAACCAGCAGCCAACAGCGGAAGCAAAGCAUCUCACUCCGCCCUCACCUCCCAACACGACAUCUCCAAAUCCGACCUGUCCGCAGCAUACGGCUCUUCCGCCUCCACCACGACCCCAACCCAGGUCUUCGCGGACGUGGUAAACGGCGGCCUCCACCCCACCCACAAAGCAGGCAAAUACCUCGCCCUCGACUGCGAAAUGGUCGGCACGGGCGCGCCCCCGCACUACGAAGACCACGUGCUAGCACGUGUGUCGCUCGUCAACUUCCACGGCGAGCAAAUCUACGAUUCCUACGUGCUGCCGCCGCCAAACAUUACUAUCCACGACUACCGCACCUUCGUCUCGGGUAUUUUGCCGGAGCAUUUGCUGCCCGGGUACGCGCGGCCGUUUAAACAAGUCCAGCGCGAUGUGGCGCAGCUCCUGGACGGCAGGAUCCUAGUCGGCCAUGCUUUGCGGAACGAUUUCAAUGUUCUGGUGCUCUCGCAUCCGCGCAGGGAUGUGCGGGAUACGAGUCGCUACGCGCCCUACCGCGCAAUGAACCGUGGUCGAGCGCCGGCUUUGCGGCAUUUGGCGAAGGUGAAGCUGGGAUUGGAAAUUCAGACUGGAGCGCAUAGUUCUGUCGAGGAUGCGCGGGCUACGAUGCGCUUGUUCUGUUUGGAGAAGGCGGGGUUUGAGGAGGAGACGAGGAAGUUGUAUGGGCAUUCUGCGUCUAGGGUUGUGGGUAGAGGGAAAGGCGGGGUGGUCAAGAAAGAGGACGAUGACGGGGAGGAGGAGGAGGGUGACGGGCUGGAUAGCGAGGAAGAGGACUUGCGGCUAUUGCGAGACGAGGUGGAGGGGGAAGAUGAUGACGAUUUGGAGGAGGGGAACGGCGCGGCGGUGUCCAAAGCACCCAAAUCCGUGGUCAAGAAGCGGAAGAAGAAGAAACGCACGAAGCGAGCAUAGACACCCAGGCGAUGAACAGGCAAGAAGAACCAACGAACUCAGCCCU